AUGUUAUCUGUCCGUCUCCACAUCUCUAAUCUUUUUUGCUUUUCCUCGUCUGUCCCACUAGCCUCACUGCAAGCUGACGAUGCAACUUUCGCGUCGGCCCUCAUACAGGAGCAGGUGGAUGCCAAAAUAGCGCUGCACAAGUUCGCGCAUUCAGAUACUUCAGUUUGGGGACAUGCUGACUCGGAAACACCACGACAAGGCUGCGAGUCAAGAGACAAGUGUAAAGUGACGGAAAAGAAUAGACCCUUGGAGGAUUUCCUCGACAUGUCAAAUAGACCAACGAAAGGACAAGAGGCCAUCCCGAUGACAAAAUUUGGCGUAUAA